UGAAAAAUGUCAAUUAAACUCGCGACCAUCGUAAUAAGCCACUUCCAAUUAAACGUAUUGUCAUUGUUUUUUUGUUUUUUUUUGUUUUUAUUUUGUUUCUCGUUAUUAUACCUUCGCUACAUAGAGGCUUGCAGCCCGAUCGAGAGGGAAAUCGAGCCUUGUGGAACUUAGACGCCGAGCUUCGAUGUGUGCCGAGGAGCGGGACACGAAAAACGAUAAACGCAUGGGCGAGAGUUUUUUUGAUAAAUAAGGGUGUAUUAGAGGAAAAGAAGAAACGAGUCGGCCCUGGACAGCGGUAAAGCGGUAACUGCUUCCGGGUGUAAUCGGCCCGCGGUUCCUCUACGAGAGGGCGAACGGUAUCGGGCGCCGCUGCUGCCUCUCGGCGUGACAAUCCAGCAAUCGUCGGCGACGGCAGCGCGUGUUUGGUGGUGGCCGCUCCCGGAGGCUGCUACUCACGGGAUCCCUCCUCCUCCUCCUGCCAAGCGAACUCGCGAUUAUUCCUACGCGCUGGGACUUUGGCUAUAGUGCCGACACUGCCGACAUCGUCGCUCGCUCGUCGCAGCACAUAGCCAGCAGCAGCAGCAGCAGCGACUCCGCGCGCGCAGGGGAGUCGAGCCGUGUGUCGUCGUCAGCCCGUCACAUACAAAAGCAAGAUGGAGGAUCUCGCAGUUGAAGUAUGCGGCGAAAACGGAGCGUAUUACAAGGCUUUUGUCAGGGAUGUAUUUGACGAGGAAGUUCUUGUUGCUUUUGAAAAUGACUGGCAGCCGGAGUCCAAGUUUAAUUUUUCUAAAGUUCGUCUACCUCCAAAGGAAGGUCAAAAGCACGAGUUUCAAGAAAAUCAAGAAAUUGAAGUAUUUUCUCGUGCCAAUGAUCAGGAGGCGAGCGGCUGGUGGAAAGCUGUUAUUAACAUGACGAAAGGUGGUUUUCAAGUAAUUGAAUAUCUUGGAUGGGAUUGUGCUUAUACUGAAAUUGUUGCCAGUGAACGAUUAAGACCAAAAAAUCCAAAUCCUCCCAUUGACAAAAAUACAUUUUAUAAGAUCGAAAUAGAAGUACCUGAAGAUCUACGAGAAUUUGCAAAAAUGGAUAAUGCACACAAGGAAUUUCAGAAGGUAAUAGGGGCAGCAUUAUGUCGAUACGUGCCUGAACGGGGAGUACUGCUGGCCAUCUCCCGUCAUGAGAAAAUACGUCGACAUUGUAGUAUGCUUCAAGAAAUGCAUUUUCGUAAUUUGUCACAAAAGGUUCUUCUUCUAAAAAGGACAGAAGAAGCAGCCCGCCAGUUGGAGUCGACCAAACUUCAAACGGUAUCAGUCAAAUUUAGAUCUUCAAACUUUGUAUACCAACGUGUCUCAGACUUUGAGACAGGAGUGAGAACAAAUUCAAGGUAUUCGGAUGAAUUCAAUGUUAGGGAAGAUUUAAUGGGUCUUGCUAUUGGUGCUCAUGGAGUGAAUAUUCAGCAGGCAAGAAAAGUGGUUGGAAUCACCAACAUUGAAUUAGAAGAGAAUUCUUGUAUUUUCAAAAUUUAUGGAGAGACAUCCGAAGCUGUAAAAAAGGCUCGUUCGUUACUCGAAUACAGUGAAGAAUCAAUACAAGUCCCACGUAUUCUUGUAGGUAAAGUUAUUGGUAAAAACGGUAGAAUUAUCCAGGAAAUAGUGGAUAAAAGUGGUGUCGUAAGAGUAAAAAUUGAAGGCGAUAACGAACCUCAGCCGACUAUUCCAAGGGAAGAAGGACAGGUACCUUUCGUUUUCGUAGGUACUGUUGAAAGUAUUUCAAAUGCCAAAGUUCUAUUGGAAUAUCAUUUAGCUCAUCUUAAGGAAGUUGAGAUAUUACGGCAGGAAAAACUGGAAAUUGAUCUACAGUUGAGAACCUAUCAUGGAUUAAAUGUAGCGCCGAUGCAUAAUUUCCAACCUGCUAGGCGAGGUAUGCCAAUGGGACCCGAAGAAAAUAGCGGCAGUCGGGGCGGUCGUGGCGGUCAAUCAAGAGGACGGGGCAGAGGUAGAGCUCCUGCGCGACAUAACAGUGGUUUACGUCGAGACACCAUGGAUAACAAUGAAGAUCGCAUACGUGAUUUACCACCAAGGGGUGGGCACCAGGGAGGACAAGGUGGUUCUGGCGGCCCUGCCGGAUAUGGCAACAGACAGGGUGGAGGAGGUCGGCCUUCUACGCAACGCCGGGAUCGCAGGGACGAUCGCCGUCGAACUACGGAUGAUGAAGAUACGGUUCUCGACAGUCAAGAUGUUUCAAGUAUCGACAGAGAGUCGGUAUCGAGCAUGGAAGGUGGCACCAGAGGAUCGAAAAGACGCUUACGACGCUAUCGUCAGCGCAGCAGUACACCAUCCAAUAGUCGACGAGGUAGCAGUGCAGGACAAGUUGAUCAGUCAGGCGGUCCGAAUACUGUGAACAAAGAUGGAGCGCCGUCAAAUAACGACAUCUCGACUUCGACAAACAACAGUAAUCAGCAAGGCCCUAAGGGUCAGCGAGAGCAGAGAUCUCGUUUUUCACGCGUACCGCAAAAUAGCAAACCCAAGGAGGCUAUGGUCAACGGUACGAGUGGCUAAGAUCGACGGUGUCAUCGCGAUGGCAAACGGCGAACACCCCCCAAGACGAACUGAUGGAAGAGAGCGAUCGUUUACAAGGGACAGAUACAUAUGGGCGAGAACAUAGAAUUUUUUUAAGUGCGAUGACGGGAAAGAGAGAAAAACAAAUGAUGAAAGGCAAAGGUAAAGCAAAGGCGUUGUGGAAUGAAAGUUGAUGCUAAAUGAAAGAGUUACAGAAGUAAAUACAAAAGAUUAAGAUGAAUGAACUGCCCGUGACAUAAUAUGUAUAUAUAUGUA